AUGGCUUCACUGCUAAAUGGUCUCCCAGAGAUUCCCCGCCUUCGACGAAGACCAGGUCGACGAAACCUCCAGUCAGAUCGUCCUCCAAGCCACCACGACGUGGACUCGAAUUCGGAUGUUUCAACUGUCGGCCAUAAUGAAACAGGACGUGCUGAAGCUCCGGACCAAGCAACUCAAGCUGACAGCUCCCAGCAGCCACGGGAAAGCCGGCUCGAUCACAACCUCCGUGCGCAACUCAGUGUUUCCGAAGCUGUUGAAGCUCAGGUGUUCGCGUCGCCAGCGGUUGGAGGCGGUCAUGGCUCACCAGGACCAACCAUUCGUCACGGUUCUGACUCCCCUUCGCCUGCUUUCCUGCCUCGGACAGCAAUCUCUGACACUUCCUUGGUUUCCGCUCCACAUCGGCCUCGGAACCCAAUGGUACAGAACUUUACUGUCGGCAGCGAGACGCUGUCCGAUCCAUUUCUGGCAGAUCCAGGACGGGCUCAAGCUCGUGGGAACAACCGUCGCGAAGGUCACCAAUUAUGGUCAGAGUUGUCGAGCUCCUCAGAUUCGAGGCCUAGUCCAGUAUACCAGGGAAAUGGUGUCUAUGUCCUUCACGACGGCACCAUCCAUGAUAUUCGGCGUAGCCGUCGUCGUAUCCAGGAAGCUCGGGGCAGUCAAGUCCGCUCCAAUAGAGGGGAUAUGCGAGAUACUUCUUCGGAUGAGGCGAAUCACGCCGACAGAUCCGAUUCUCCCAGUGGAGGAAGUGAUUCGUUACCAUCAAGGCCUCCUCGGACCGCAGUCCGGCGUCUGCAGACCGUAGUGUCAAACCUCGAGGGAUUCACCUCACCUGCCGCACGGGAAGCCGUGCGUGACCUGGAGCAAGCAGUUGACGGCGUCUCAGCGAUUGUCGCCACUCUCAUCCACGAAAUGGAGGUCCACGCAUACAACGCGGAGGAGCGUCGGCGGAGAUUUGCUGCCCAAACCAGCGAAUUGGUCGUGGCACACCGAAUGAUCCAAGCACGGGAUCGAGAGAUUGCCCGGCUCAGCCACCCUGAAGUGUACGGUGAGAAUGCCACGCCCCCAGAGUAUGCAUCUGACGCCCAGCAGGAUCCUCAAUCUGUGACAGUGACACGAACUCCUGCGGGCACGCAAGACAACACCAACAACAACUCGCCCACGCCCGCAACUGUGGUUCGUCGCCCAGCGCUCCAAGCUGACAACGCUAGGGAUCGUCAGGUGUCUGUCACAGCAGAGGCUGGAUCUGCAGCACCCUCGUACCGUACCUCCCCUGAUACGGACCGUCGGGUGUCCGUGACAGCGGAGGCUGGAGCCGCUGCACCUUCGUACCGUACCUCCCCUGAUCCUGAUCCUGAAAGUGUCAUUCAGCCGCAAGUUCUAACUCCGGAAGUGGUCGCACAAGGGAGCCCGGCCUCCAGCCAGUCCGGCGAAUCCGACAACGUAAUGUUGACGCGGACACCGCGGUUCCGUCGUCCGACGGUCUAA